AUGCGGAAGCCUGAGAUUUCGAAGCUGGUGCUGGCGCGACUGAUCACCCCGAAGGCCGAACUUCGCGACAUUGACUGGCGUCGAUAUAUUGACAAAUACAUUGUUCCAGAAGUCAGAUUAGAGAGCCAACGCUUCUGCGGUCCGACUGAGGACCAUGAAUAUUUAUAUCCUGGUCUCGACUAUGCCAAACCCGCUCAUCGGCUCCGCCUCAUACACUUUCACGCCCAUAGACAGCUUUUCAAGGCCUUUGAUGAGCUUAGAUUAACAGAGAGCGAAAUCUACCACCUCUGUAACUGGGUUGGCACUAAAUGGGCCAAGGAUGAGUUUGAAAGAGAGAACAACAUGAGAAUACCUAAUACUACGUGGGAGGGGGUUCAUCCUUACCAACCGCCUCCUCAGGCUACUGUCACGAUCGUUGAUGAUCUGCAAAGCCUUGGAGGUGUGCACCAUCUGAACCCACAUAUAAAGCAAGACGAGGAGGACGAAGACAUGGAAGACGUCAGUGAAGAUGAGACUUACAUGACCGAAGAAGAGCCUACGUCCGGAGACGAUAGUGAGGACGAGUUGCAACAAAGUGUUGGCUUGUCACUGAAUGAGAGGCUGAGGGCUAGUGCCGAAGCAAAUGCAGCGGCGAGGGCAAGGGGCGAAGCGGUGACUACGGAUGCAGAGUGGGAGCAGUGGUUGAAAGAAUUGGCCGAACGAGGACUGACUCCCGCUCUUGGUCUGCAGGAACUACGAAGCUCAGUAUCUGGCCCUCCACAAGUAAUUUCUGUAGACCAGGCUCAACUGCUCGGCAGCCUUGGUGCGAGCAGCAUCUCGCAAAUGACACACCAGCAAUCGGAGCAGCAAAUAGCACAUCCAAAUCUGGUGUCAACAAUGAGUACUGCUGAGCUCGACGUACCUUCCAUCAAUCUGCCAUCUACUGUCCAAGGUCACUGA